GGGGCUGGUGAGGGUGUCGCGGUUUAGGGUUCCUGUGGGGAAGAGGAAGGUCCCUACCCCACCCCGACCAGAAGGGCGCCGGCGAGGGGGUGGCGCGCAACACGUGCCGGUGUGAGGGAAGGACUCUUCCCCCCCCCCGCUGCCCUGCUCACUUUUCUCACGAGCACCUUCAUUUCCCUCCCCAACCGGACUCACAACAGACCUGCGAGAAUGGCAAAGAAAAGAAAAGCUGCCGACAUGAAGACAGAAAAGAAAAAGGAAGAAAUGAAGCAUCACUUGGCAGAAAAGGAAAAGGAAAAAAUGAAGCAUCUCAUAUCAGAAAAGGAGCAACAGGUUGAUGAACCUAAGUUGAAAAAACAGAAUCUGGAGAUGGAGCCGAACCAUUCCCCACAACACGCAGGAGAGAACUACAGGAGGGAAAAGAAACCGGAGGAGGAUACAGAUGAAGAGCUUUCUCCGGAGGAAAAGAGGACGUUGGAAAGAAAGCUGAAGAAAGAGCGCAAGAAGGAAGAAAAGAGAUUAAUGCGAGAAAAAGGGAUCGUAGUUAAGAAAGUAGAACCUAAGAAACCAUCACCAUCAGAGUUGGCACUAAACUAUUUAACUAGCUGGUCUGAAAGUCCCAAAGAGUGGAAGUUUCAGAAGACAAGGCAAACCUGGCUUCUUUUACACAUGUAUGAAAAAGACAAGGUCCCUGAUGAAUAUUUUUCCAUUUUGCUGCGGUACCUUGAAGGACUCCAAGGCAGUGCGCGGGACGUAACUGUGCAGAAAGCAGAAGCUGUCAUGAAGGAAUAUGACAAUUCUGAAAGAGAAGAUUCAAGCCAACUGGAGAAAUGUGAGCGGAUCCGAAAAGUUCUACAGUUGUUAUCAUGAAAACAUCAUCCUAUCAAGCCUUCCCACACCCAUGUAUAUGCAUUUUAUUACAGGACCAGAGCUGAAUAUAGUUCCUAGCCUUUAAGCAGCCCUGUGAAAUUCAAACUCUCUUUCAAAAGCAGUAUUUCCCCCCCCCCCAUCUUUGUCCUCCCUCUUUUUAAGCAAAUUUCUUCCAGUAUUGCAAAUGUGAUGAAAAAUAAUUGAUCCGUAUUAAAACAGCAGCAGCAACAAGACUUUGAUUCCUACCGGUAUUUUUCUGCUCUUCUUUUGGGAACUACUUCCUUUAGCUUUUUCCUACAUAAUUAUUAUUAAGGGUUUUGCAUCUGUUAGUGGCAAUUCCCUCCAUAAUAAUGGUUUUAAACCCAACUGAAAUGAUUAACUUCCAUUGAAGCAGCUGAAAUAUUUAAUUGCUUGAGGCAUCUUUAGUCUGUUAACUUCAGGUUUCAUUACUCAACUUGUAGUCAAAGUUGAAGGCCUGGAAGCUGUUGGCUUAUGUUGGUCUUCCUUUAUUUUUCUUGAAAGUUUUGUUUCUUUUAAUCAGCAACCACAAAAUAGUGCUGAAAUGCACACAACUGUAAGAACAACAAUUAUGAGAAGUUUACAGUAAAGUAGACAAAAUAUCAUCACACUUGCAAAGUACAUUUCAGCAAGGCUUACAAAGAACCAUAAAGCACAAAAGUAAUUCUACUGUUUUGACGAAUGCUCCAAGCAUUAUUUUAAGCUGACAGCAGACAGGCUUCCAGAUAAGGUCCUGUUUUGAAGAUCUUCCUCAAAUGAUAGAUAUCACCUCAAAAACAUUUCAAGGCCCUGAUUGCAGUUUUCAACUGGGAGGACUUCAAUAAUGUUUUUUCUCCAAGAAGUUACUCGAUUGCCAGAGGAUAAUACCACUUCAAGGGUCCAAAAUUCUGGCAGAUUUUUAUUUUAAUUCCCUACAUGCUCAUGUGAGCUAACAAAAUUGUGGACUCUUUCAUGUGUUAUGAUCAAUAAAAGGAUACAUUGUUGCCA